ACACACACACACACACCUACGCACGUUAAACAAGCCAACAAACACGACGUGUCACACAGCCAGCGCACAAGCGAAGCGGGAGAUGCAAAAAUGUGUGCCAGUGUCAUAAAUCAAAUUAACACCGACUGCACUCAGCUGAGCAGUCGCUGUAAGCCAACCGUAACCGGCAAAAAAUACAUUAACACCAACAAUUGUGACGUCAUGAACAAAAAAACCAACACACUUAAACGCAGUCAACGUCGCCGUGCUGAGUUCACUGCCACAACACGCAUCGCUGACCGUCGGCCGUCGUCAAUGCGCCACUCGCUGCCACCUUCACUGCUGCUUCUGAGCGCAGCCGUGUUGUUGUUGUGCACAUUAGAACCGGCCAAUGCAGCCGCAACGGCAUCAGCAGCAGCUGCGGCUAACAACAAAAGUGCACGCGAAAUUAUUGGCAACAGCAGUGUGGAUGAUAAAACAUUAAAUCCCAAAGUAGCGGCCCCACCAACAACAAGUGCAACGCAAUCCACUAAUUGCACUGUUCUAAUCGAUGGCAAUCGAGAAACUCGAGAAAUUGGCGCCAUUUGGGUUUCCUCAGAAGACGCCUGCGACAUACAUAGCUGCGAGCAGGAUGAUAGUGGCCAGCCCCGAGAAGCCAUAACGAAGGUAGACUGUGGACAAUUCUAUUGCGAUGUGGAUUCCGAGCUGCGUCCACAGCCGGGCAGCUGUUGUGGCGAAUGUGUGCGUACGAAAUGUCGCUUCAACGACACCAUUUACGAUUUGGGUCAGACCUGGCAUAGCCCUGAUGGUUGCACGAUGUACGAAUGUGCGCCACUCCCCGACCGUUUCACCGUCACACCCAUGGUAAAUGUAUUUGAGAAGACCUGUGCACCGCUCCCACUAGACUGUCCACGUGAACAGGUUUAUGUGAAGGACUGUUGUCAGCAGUGUCGCGGCAGUGAGGCAAAUAUGGCGCGCAACAACGUACGCUUGCCGGAAUUGCGCGAAGAGAAUGGCGAUAUUUGGACGGAAGAGUUUUAUCGCAAUCAUCCUUGUGCGCGUGAAUGUCAGCUGAAUGCCGCGCCGAUGACAUGUCGUUACAACUUCGUCGUUGAAUGGUAUGAGACCAUGUCGAAGGCCUGCUAUGGUUGUCCACAAAAUGGCACAGACUGUGCUAGACCGCACUGUGUACUCGGUGAUGGCAUUGAACGUAGCGUGAUGGUAGUGAAUCGUAUGAUGCCAGGUCCGGCGGUUGAGGUGUGCGAGGGUGAUACGAUUGUGGCUGAUGUGCAUAAUCAUCUGCUAGGCGACAGUACCACCAUACAUUGGCACGGUAUGCAUCAGCGCAACACACCGUACAUGGAUGGCGUGCCACACAUCUCGCAGUGUCCCAUCUCACCACAUUCCACUUUCCGCUAUCGCUUCCGCGCCGAGAAUCCCGGCACACACUUCUGGCAUUCACACACCGGCAUGCAGCGUGGUGACGGCGUAUUUGGGGCCUUCAUUGUGCGUCGGCCGCGUGCCAAGGAGGCGCAUGCGCAUCUUUAUGAUUUCGAUUUGUCCAAACACAAGAUUAUCUUACAAGACUGGGUGCAUACGCCGGGCGUAAGCAUCUUUGCAUCGCAUCACCAUUCACGCGGUGACAAUAAGCCGGUGAAUCUGUUGGUGAAUGGACGUGGACGCUUUUAUUACGCUAUAUGGGACCAAGUCAAGCAAGCAGCGCGUGCUGAAGCUCGUUCUAAUGCACCCAGCUUAAGAGUGGAAGAAAAUGAAACACCGAUAUCGCCACAAACUGCAGCUCCUCCGACGACCACCACAACACCAUUAACUUUUAUUGUCAACCAGGCUGAGAACAAAGAUCCACUCGAUGUGGCACCCUCCCAGAUUGAACUGCUACAACCGACAAAUGAAUCUGGUAUAAGCAAUAUGCGUCUUCGACAGAGUAAUGAAGUUUUAAGGCUAGCGCGUGUCGCGAAACACGAAGCUCCCCAAAUGAACAAUAACUCCGCUCCGACGCUCAAUUCGGACUUUACAAAGGCAACCACCAGUGUUCAUCGCACGAAACGCGCACUGGACGAUAUACCAUUACAACAUAUGCCACUUCAAACCUACAACGUACGUCGCGGCUUCCGCUAUCGCUUCCGCAUCAUCAACGCCGAGUUCCUCAACUGUCCCAUCGCCUUGUCUAUAGAUAAUCACACACUCACCGCCAUACACUCGGACGGUUAUGAUGUUGAGCCGCUCGAAGUUGGCUCCAUUGUCACAUACGCCGGCGAACGCUUCGACUUUAUCUUAAACGCCAAUCAGCCGAUCGCAAACUAUUGGAUACGUUUUAAGGGGCUAAUGGAUUGCAGUGAUCAGUUCACGUCGGCUUUUCAAGUAGGCAUAUUGCAUUACGAGGGCGCAGGCGAUGAAGAGCCCAACGGUGUUUUGGGUUGGCAACACAAGGCGGAGGGUAUCGAGUUGAAUGCAAUGAACAGGGGCUCUGGUCACCCGGAUUCUUUGACUGCUGCCGAGAUGACAGCACUGCCGAUCUACGAUACUGUGCCGGGUGUGGAUCGUGAUGCGCUCAAACCUGUGGCCGAUUAUAAAUUCUUCGUCUACUAUGAUUUCUACGCAAAGGACAACCCAGAUUUUCAUCCAAGUGAUUACUACAGUUUCAACGACACCAUGGGCUCAACAAAUAAGGUAUACACACCACAACUGAAUCACAUCUCACUCAAGUUUCCGCCGAUGGCUCUGAUGGCCGAACGCAAUAAUGUGGACGACUCGCUCUUCUGCAAUGAGACAAGUCUCGCGCAACAAGGUAUCGACUGUCGGAAGGAGUUCUGUCACUGUCAUCACGUGCUGCAGGUGCCGCUAAACUCCGUUGUCGAGCUGAUUGUGAUCGAUGAGGGCUUCACUUACGAUGCAAAUCAUCCCUUCCAUUUGCACGGCAAUGCCUUUCGUGUUGUGGGUUUGGAGCGUUUAGGCGCCAACGUGACCGUAGAGAUGGUCAAACAAUUGGAUCGCUAUAAUUUACUCAAACGAAAUCUCGACAGACCACCAGUCAAGGACACAGUCACUAUACCGGACGGCGGUUACACCAUAAUCCGCUUUGAGGCUUACAACCCCGGCUUUUGGCUCUUCCAUUGUCACAUCGAGUUUCAUGCGGAAAUCGGCAUGGCGCUCAUCAUCAAAGUUGGUGAUAACGAUCAAAUGCUGUCGGCGCCAAAGAACUUUCCAACGUGUCAUGAUUACAUGCCCAUGGAUGGCGAUGACGACGAUGAUGAUAGUGGUGGUCAUAGUACUCCGGACGGCGGCGAUGACAGCAAUAACAGUGUAACCACUAUCGCGCCGGGCAAUAGCGCGUACGUAACGCUAAGUUCGCGAAGCUACAGUUUGCUGUCUGCUUUCUUUGCGUUGUGUUCAGCGCGCUUUAACCAUUUAGCAGCUGCUGUGGGCUUGCAUUGACCGUGGUUUGAAGCAAAUGUCAGCUGCAGGGAUGACGGCUUCAGUGUUAAGCUCUGUGUGCUUAAGUGUACCUUUCAAGUUUUUAGAUAUUUAAGUAAAAAGGCUUUCAAGAAUAACUGUGAUUAAUUAGUGUAGUAAAUUUAUUGAUAAUUUGAUUUAAAAAAAUGCUGAUUAUUUGUACACGUACAUAUAAAACGUUUAUAUAUUCAAAUAUGUAUUAUAGCUCAUGACAUCGAAGGUCAAGUUUUUUAUAUGCAAUAAAAAAUUAAUAAAAUAACCAAAAAUGCAUGCGAUUCCUUUAAUAAAGUUGUUGAGAAAUCCAAAUGAUUGAGCAGAUAAGCAAAAUAUUGCUGAGAGCGCAGAGAGAUUCAUCUGAGAGAAUUUUGCGUGCAGUAGAAAAAUGUGGUAAACUUUUAGGCGCAUAAAAUAAAUUUUUUGGAUUUCUCAUCACAAUUGCUAAGAGCCUCAACGAGCGCACGGAGAAUAAGAAGAGACUAGAAGGCAGAUGGAGUACAAAUAUAAGGAAGGUUGUUUGAAUGCAAAACUUAUUAGCGGAACU